AUGACUCAAAUCCCUAUGUAUUGUGCCUUUUCUUUCCUUAUUAUUGCUGGUGGUAAAACUAUAUUACUCACAAAUGAAAUAACACAAGGAACAAUUUAUGAAAUUCCAUUAACAAUAUAUAUGUUACUUAAUUGGCUUUGGUUAUUAGGAACUCUUAUUUACUUAAACUAUGUUGACCCUGGAUAUAUGCCAAGAUUUAAACCAUUUGGAUUUCCAGUAAAACAGUUUUAUAAUGUAAAAUAUCAAAAUACAAUAUUACCAAGAAAUACUUGUGAAACUUGUAAUUUAGUAAGACCAUUAAGAGGAAGUCAUUGCAGAGUAUGUAAUAGAUGUGUUAAUGAAUUUGAUCAUCAUUGUGGAUGGAUUGGAAAUUGUGUUGGAGAAAGAAACAAAGGAAGAUUUGUUAUAUUUGUUUGUAUAGUGUUUAUAAAUUCUGUCACUGCUUGGUUAAUUAGUUUCUAUCAUAUUUUAUUCAUGCCAGGAGGUUCUAUAAUAAAUCUUUUAUUCAUUAUUAUUAUCUUCUUUAUGUUUUCAAUUACUAAUUUAAUGUUAGGGUCAUUAUUCAUAUCUCAUAUAUACCUUGCUUUCAAUGGUAAAACCACCUAUGAAAAUAUCAAACUCACAAAACAAAGACGUCAUGACUUUGAACAAUUCUUAGAGGAAAAUGGAAUACAACAACAUAAAUGUUAUUGUAAAAAUUGUGAUAAGAAAAAAUCUUCUCAAAAUGAUAUAGAUGAAGAACAAGUUAAUGGAUCAUGUAAAACUAAAAGACAAGAAAAUGAAGAUGUUUUAAGUCGGAUAGAAAGAAAAAGGAAGGAAAUGCUUUUAAGAAAACAGUUUUCAUUGAAAUAUAAAAAUGAAACAUCGCCUUAUCAAAGAGGUUUUACUAAUUUUCUUCAUAUUAUAUUUAGACCAUCUCCACCUUCAUUUAUUUAA